UGAAGAAAUAAAGCGAAGAGGCGGCCGCGGUUCGUGUGGUUAUGGCUGAGAAACGAAGUACAGGCAGGAUGUGAAGAGGGGACUGGGAUACGGCGCAUAAACCUUCAGGGACACGACACAGUAACUGCCUUUUCCAGUUACGAAUCCCCACGCCGGCUUGAAUAGUUGCAAGGUGAGAAACGCGACGAAAAGAGACACACCAAAGAUGAACACGAUCGUGUUUAAUAAACUGAGCACGCAGGUGCUUUUUGAAGAGAAGGCCAAAGAAGUGGAGAGGAGCAGCAGGAACUAUUUGGAAGUCAUCGAAGGACAACAUCCAGAAAUGAUUAGCCAAAGCAGCCAGACUCUCAAAGACAGCGCCGCUGGAUUGAAACACAGACGGUCCGGGUCUCGUCAGAAUGGCGGAAAAGUGAGACACAAACGUCAAGCCCUGCAAGAUAUGGCUCGACCGCUCAAGCAAUGGCUGUACAAGCACAGAGAUAACCCUUAUCCAACAAAGACGGAAAAAAUUUUGCUCGCGCUUGGAUCUCAGAUGACAUUAGUGCAGGUGUCCAACUGGUUCGCAAAUGCCAGGAGACGGCUUAAGAACACUGUGAGACAACCCGAUUUAAGCUGGGCCUUACGGAUUAAACUGUAUAAUAAAUACGUCCAAGGGAAUGCCGAGCGCCUCAGCGUGAGCAGCAAUGACACCUGUUCAGAAGAUGUCGAACUUCCCACACGGAGCCAAGCCAACGUAAACGAGUUUAGUAAGCCCAUAUACCAGAGCGUUGUUAAAAAUGAAGGCACGACAGUUGGCGCAGGACUGAGAACAGACACCUCUCUUGGCGAGGAUUACGUAUCUCCACCCAAAUACAAGAGCAGUUUGCUUCACCGGUACCUCAAUGACUCUCUACGUCAUGUCAUGGUUUCCAGCUCUGCAUUUGUGGACUCAAGGAAGCGAAACCAUUCAGGCUCUUUCAGCUCAAACGAAUACGAGGAAGAAAUACUGUCACCUUCGUCAUCUGAGGCUGAGGCCCAUUUUGUGUAUAGAUCUGAAACUGUGGAACACGGACCAAAUAAAUGUGGCAACACCCCGAAGGAGAAAGGAGGAAAAGGCAACGACGAGACCUACUGGAAAGAAAUCAAUGCAGCCAUGGCUUUGACGAACCUUGCGCAAGGGAAGGAAAAAAUAUCAGGGACAACCAGCUGCAUCAUACAGAAAUCCUCCCAUAUAGCGGAAAUAAAGACAGUCAAGGUGCCCAUUGUGCAGACCUUCUAAAAAAAAAUUAAGAAAUUAAACGCACGCCGGCACCAGUCGGCGAAAGGAGUUGACUUCAUUGGGCCAAAUCAUUUUUUGUUUUUUUGUCAGAUUUAAAUCAUUUGUAAGCUUUCUUGUCUUGAACCCGAGCUGAACAAGAAUUUGAAAAGUGUGGUUGAUGUGUACAGUUAAUUACUAGAAACGACAUAGGGAAAUUAACUUAUUGAUAAAAUGCAUUUCCUUUAUAAAAUACAGAAACACCUCAGUGCCUUUAAAUGGGGGGGAAAAAAAAUAAGUAGCAAUAAUUUAUGAAAUUGUACCAAAAACAUUUUUGUGCAUAAUUUAAAAACAAAAGCAGAAAAAUGUAGAUGCGUGCACCUAUUUAAAAAGUGCUUCCAAACUCUUCAGCCUCCGUACUGUGUAAUUACCGGCUGCCUUUUUUUUUUUAAAGUGUACUAAAAUCCUGAAAGGCCGCCUGUUUUCAUUUGUCACUGACAUCUCAGCGGACGGUGGCUAACCAUAAGUGACCUGCAGCUGCAGUGCAAACGGCAUUGGGUCGAGCUGGAAGUGCUGUGCUGCGCAGUGUGGGUGAACGAGAAAGAACUGUGAAGAAACAAUCGGACAGGCGGACAGAUGAGUCGAGGCAAAGGCAUUGACUCGCGCCACUCGAGUUCUGCGUCUCGUUACAUGGAGUCCGAGUCUAUGGCGAGCACCCAGGGACCUCCGACUGUUCCUGCCUGUCCGCCUAAUGGUUAGAGGACAGUAAUCUGAGCACACAUGAUUUGUAGCAGAACCUUCAGGGCUGCAUCGUCAUUCAGCUUCCACAAAGUUUCUCUUUCUUUCUUUCUUUCUUUCUUUCUUUCUUUCUUUCUUUCUUUCUUUCUUUCUUUCUUUCUUUCUUCACAUUAGUAAUGGGCAUAGAAAGUGAAUGAAGACAGCAGGCUUGGAGACUUCAAACCCAGAGGUUUGUGGCUUGAAAUCCCACUACUGACACCAUGUGACCAUGAGCAAGUCACUUCACCUGCCUACUGUACACCAAUUGUGGCCCAAAUAUUUAAGUUGUGGCAUCAGCCAAAUAAGUACAUGGAUUUAUUUUUGUGUUUCUUUUCUACAUUUAAAUAAGACUGCACAGUGAUGCCGAAUUUGAAUCCAGACUCUGUCACUGUUUGAUAGAAGAACCUUAAGUGCUGCAUCAUGAUUCAACUUCCACAAAGCUUCUUUCUUUCUUUCUUUCUUUCUUUCUUUCUUUCUUUCUCUUUCUUUCUUUCUUUCUCUUUAAUAACACAGCAUUAAACCCAAACUGAAUAAUUUCUUUCUGUAUUUAAAUAGAAAAAACGUUUUAGACAAACUGCACGCCUCUGCUCACAAUUCUUGAUUUCUUCAUAUCCAUAUCAAGAAAAUAAGACCAAAGGAAUUUCUUUCAUUGGGAAAAAAAGAUUUCUUUCUUUCUUUCUUUCUUUCUUUCUUUCUUUCUUUCUUUCUUUCUAAUCAACUGAGCAAUGUGACACAGGCUUGUUCUUUAAAAUAUCCCAACAGUGUUGCCUUUUAUUUGUUUUUCAAUUUUCUUGUGUGAAUUUUUUACAACAUGCGCUAUUUUAUGAGGGAGAUAUUUUUGUUAAGAAAAUCUUGCUUAUUAGCGUGACAUCUGUACUGUCAUAUUUUUUAUGCAACAGGGAACAAUUUAAUAUGGAAAUCAUGCGCACAUGUGUUUUAUCGAUUGACGCAGUAAAAGCCAAGUGUAUUAAGGAAAAUGAAGUUCAGCCAUACGAACAAAUGCAGUUACUGUUUUGAGAGACAGAAUAACUGCUGCUUAUGUCUUAAAAUUCUGUACAAAAUAGGCUUCUUGAUGGGUGUUUUUUUAAACAUACUUUGUACUGUUAUUAGACUUCAUUUCUGUUGCCUAUUUGCUGUUUGAUACUUUUUCAGCGUAAGCAAUUACUUUGUUCACGUUUGUUUUUAUAAAUUAUUAUAAUGUAAAAGUGAAAAAAAUGUUUCUUAUUAUUUUUAUUUUUGUUAAAUUAUGAAAUGGGAAAAUAACAGAGACAGGAUUUUUGUCCAAUGUCUUAAUACAUUUAUUUGACAUCCUUCUCCUGUAGGCUUAAAACAAGCCGUUCAAUAAACAAUAUCAGCAGCAGUCACAUUUGUGGUGGACUUUUG